AUGAUAUCAUUAUUGGCGUCAUCGGUAGACCCUUUUAUCACUGUUUAUCUCCUAUGGCGUCCAGUUCGUCAGACUCCAAUCUUAUGGCUAUUGGCAGCCCCACAGCGCGUUCUGGAGAUUUGCUGGCAAUCCGUCUUACUGAGACCCUUACUUACAAAACAUAAUACUGAGAUGGAAAAGAAGUUAUUGAAGAUACACCCCCACCACUGCUGGUGGUGCUUCGACUACCGAGAAUCAGCCACAUGGCGUAAAACGGUCGUCAAAGUUUUUAAAUACGGAAACCUCAAACGCGCACAAGCACCACUGCACAUCCCCGAGGCAGUCGCGACGCAUGAGGAGCGCAGUUUGUCGACUAGUGUGGCAGUGGCACAACCUUCAUCUGCUAUAAGUACCACUGUUGCUGCAUCUCACUGGCCUGUCACGUCGGUGAGCAACAUGAAUACAUUCAUCUUGGGUGUCGGCAUACCGCAGCAGAUGUCUUUCAUGAGCCCUGUCCCAGCGGUGUCAGCAGGAGUGUUUCCGAUGUAUUAUGCGCCCGCAGCCACCGCGGCCAAUAUUCCUGCGACUCCGGAAUCGAACGCCACCUCUAGUAAUACUGCUACGAUGUGCCAGCCCCCUACAAUGCAAUGUAUGAUGUACGGCCAACCUAUGUACGGACCCCAGUUCGUGUACUCGCCGAUGACUCCUCAAAUGUCGUAUCCGUUCCAACAAACGAUGAUGGGCCAGACAAUGUUAUGCACCAACUCUAUCAAUUCACUUGGUUUGACUAACCGCAAUUAUGAAGAGGCGUGUAAGCCCAGUAUAAUGUUGAGGGCUGGGCGACUUGGCGGUUGGCGAGACAAGAAACGACCUGAAUCUAAAGCAACGUCUUCGAAAAUUGACCUCGGAUGUGAAGAUAUUAGCUCCUCAACGAAAGCAUUGAAUCGGAGUACGGAGGCUGUGCCGGAAACGCCUCGAGACGGUCACAUACAUCAGAACAAAAUGAACAGGUUUGGUAAUAGUGAAGAGACUGUCGAUAGGACUGACGGUGAAUCCAGUUACUCAUCUUUCUAUUCGUCGUUUUUCAAAACGGAAUCUGGCAGCGCGGAAGAAAGUGGAGACGCUAAGAAAAAUGAAGCUAAGGACAGCAGAAUGCGGAGCCCAAUCCAUUGUAUUCCUACUUAUUAUGAGCCCAAACAAGUGAAAAAGGUAACCAGGAGGAAGAUGGAACCUCCAUGGAUGGAACAGGUAUGCCUGACGUCCGAGCUGAUCUACAAAUAUCAAAUUCUAACAAAGAAUGUAGAGGAAGUUCUCACUGCUGACAAACAGAAGUUGAGUUCGUUUGAACAGCCGUCACUAGUCAACGAUCAAUUGGGCCAACUGUACUUGGAUAUGCAAUUAGAAGGCGUUGCAGCGCGACUGACGCUGGAAGAAGGCAUUACCAGCUCCAGUAGUUCUGGGGAAGAAACGUCUAUAAAGCCUUCCAAGGUUACCCGUCGGAAACGCGAAUACAGUAAACUGGUGAUGAUAUAUGAAGAAGACGCCCCCAUGCCGCCAGGAGAAGGAGAACUCGAACCGGAACCCAGUGCUUCUACCUCGACACCGUUUUAG